CGAGAAGAACACUUCAAGCGGCAUGGUUCCCGAUGGUCUGAGUUUAUGCGACUUCCGUACUUUAACCUUGUUCGUCAAUCGGUAAUUGACCCAAUGCACAACUUGCUUCUUGGAGUUGUGAAGACCCAGUGGCAUGACCGGUGGAUCAAAACGUCAGCCAUCCGCGCACCGACUCAGGCUGGCAAUGGACGAGAGCUUGGUGUUAUACACCGGUUUCUCGAGUCAUUUGAGACGCCUUCAUGGGCUGGCAAGCUGCCUGCUCGUGUUGGCGAGCCAGCUGGAGGUUCGCUUACAGCGGACGAGUACAAGUUUGCCAUGCUAACUGCAUGGCCAUUAAUUGUGAGCGGGAUCCCAACUAUAUGGGAUCGGUUUAUUGACGAUGCUAACAAGGACCAAGAAAAGGCGGUUGACGAGUACCCCGGUCGAUACGCUGCGUGGCAAGCAGAGUGGAAUAGCUGGCGCGAGCGAAACCCUUUGGCACCCAUCACCGGCAAGCAUAAGAAGAAAGACAAGGAUCCAGAACCUGUUGCACCGAAGCCUCCCAAGGUCCGCAUGCAGGCUGGCGAGCCAGAGAACCUCUUACGCUUGGCGACUGCUCUCAAAAUCUACUGCGCGAGUUCUGUCUCUCUAUACGGCGCUAGCGCACUGAAGCCCAAUUUUCAUUGGGCGGUGCACCUCACCGAACAGAUUCAAGACUUCGGCCCCGUGUAUAACUUCUGGGCGUUCCUGUCAGAACGAUUGAACAAAGUCCUGAAGAACUCGAACGUCAACAACUGGAAAGGGGGUCAGAUUGAGAUAAGCAUGCUACGCGAGUUCUCGCGUGCAUCACGUCUCAAUGCGUUGGUAAGUACAUGUGUUAUUGUCCUCAAUUAG